AUGACGGAGAACAAAGGGGCAGACUCUUCUCCCAAUCAGCCUAAUGGACUGGGAACGAGCUGCUGGCUGAGCUGGAUGGGCAGCGACAGGCAGAAGGCCCCCAGGGAGAGGCCUGAGCUGCUGCUCUGGAUUCUGCUCUGGAUCCCUCUCCAGCCUCGCUCCCUCCACGCGGUGUCGGCCGUCAACCUCCGGCGCUUCGUCGGCUGCGCGGUGAGAGAGUUCACCUUCCUGGCCAAGAAGCCCGGCUGCAGGGGCAUGCACAUCACCACGGACGCCUGCUGGGGGCGCUGUGAGACCUGGGAGAAGCCCGUUGUGGACGCUCCCUACAUCGAGUCCCAUCAGCGCGUGUGCACGUACAACGAGACCCGGCUGGUCACCGUGAAGCUGCCGAGCUGCCAGGCCCACGUGGACCCGUCCUACACCUACCCCGUGGCCCUGAGGUGCCACUGUGGAGUGUGUGUGACCAGCACCACCGAGUGUGUCACCUUCGUCUGA